CGAGCUCCAACAAUUGCAAAACGGUCAAUAGUCGUGGUCAUUUGUCCUACUCCGUACACCAUCUGUCUUCCCUUCAUCGCGGGGUUUCGACUUCUCCUGCCGUUGUUCCCUGGUUGAUGGUUCGAAGCAGGUGGUCCUUGGCAUCUUCGGAUGACAAUGGUCAACAAAGAGGCAAAUUAAUAAGGAGCGCCCUGGCCGCUGUCAGCGUUCGUUGUCAACCUCGGCCAUGGCGUCCUGUUACCUCCCGCCUACUUCAUCCAUCACUACCUCAUUUGCUUUGCCUCCCGGAUCACAGUCUUCUCGAUUAGACCGAGCUGCGUGGACGUUGUAACAUGCGACAACCUGGAUGGUUGGCCUCGCUAACCCACGAUGGAGACAAACCGCCGUUUCUUCUCAAGACUAGGAGCUCGAACGCGUUUAUUAUCGGCACCAUUGCUUUGGCGGUAUUCACCGACAUCUUCCUCUAUGGAGUCAUUGUUCCCGUCGUUCCAUUUGCAUUAGAGCAGAAGCUGAACGUCACGCAAGAACGAGUGCAACACUGGGUGUCUGUUCUCAUAGCCAUAUAUGGUGCCUCCCUUCUCGCGUUCUCACCAAUUUGCGGGUGGCUUGCGGACCAUACUUCGUCGCGUCGAUCUUCACUGCUUUUAGGCUUGCUGGCUCUGUUGGGCUCUACUGUUCUCUUGAACCUGGGUAGCAAUGUUGGUGUAUUUGUAGCUGGAAGAAUCCUACAGGGAGCUUCGGCUGCGGUAGUAUGGACAGUAGGACUUGCAUUGCUGGCAGACACGGUUCCUCAGGCCCAUCUUGCUCAAGCGAUGGGCUACGUCAGCUUGGCUAUGACCCUAGGCAUCCUUGUUGGACCGUUGCUGGGCGGUGUUGUUUUUGAUCGCGGGGGGUACGACGCUGUGUUUGGCAUGUGCUACGGGUUGAUCGGCCUCGAUAUCGUUCUCCGAGUUCUCCUUAUCGAGAAGAAGACUGCUGCUCAGUGGGAUCCGAACGCCAGUGGAAGAGUUAGGGAAAUUGGUGGAGUUUCCUCUUCAACAGAACGACGGACAGGGCCUGAGCUUGUCUCGGAAGAGCAAUGUAUCCGGACGACAGAAGCGCUUGCCAACCUAGAGAAGGGCCACUCAUCAGUUCCCCAACCCAGCACAUCAGACAUCAAUCCGACGCCAAACGGUAUAAGCACCGAUUCUGAACGCCAAAGAUUGCGUGACCGGCUUCCACCCAUCCUUUCGCUGCUUUACUCUCGCCGUCUCCUCGCAGCGCUGUUCGCUUCUAUCAUACAAGCUGCUCUGAUCACAGCAUUCGACGGAGUCCUGACGAUCCACGCUGCUCGAAUCUUUGGUUGGACUGCCACCGGCGCUGCCCUACUAUUCCUGCCUAUAGUAAUACCGACGUUUCUAGCUCCUCUCGCUGGGAUGUUGAGCGAUCGCAUUGGCGGCCGUUUUCCUGCCUCUAUAGGUUUCCUUCUGGCAACGGUUCCUCUCGUGUGUCUCCGGUUCGUCGAGGAGAACUCCAUCAAAGAUAAGAUUCUCUUGUGCGCCAUGCUGGCGCUCAUUGGCUUGACACUCACUUUUACCUUUCCACCAUUGAUGGCUGAGAUAUCCGGUGUUGUGGAGACGAAAGAGAAAAAGCUGCUUGCAAGCGGGAAGAAAGGGUAUGGCAAAGGAGGAGCCUAUGCUCAGGCGUAUGCCUUGUUUAAUGUCGCUUUUGCUGCUGGAUGCAUGAUUGGACCACUGAUUGCUGGAGCUAUUGUGGAAGAGCAAGGUUGGGGGACAAUGGGUUGGGUGUUGGGCCUUUUGAGCGGGAUUACCUCAGUUCCCGUGUUUCUUUGGCUCGGAGGAUGGAUUUUCACCCGUGUGUGAGGUUCGCGAUAUGCAUGCUUCAAGAUUUGCGUGUCUGCCAAAUCUUGAGCAAAUUCAUGUAUAGAUUCGAUCCACCAAAACCACAGUAGAUGGUAUCUAAUUUAACACGUUUCAUGUCGA